GGCUCCAUCUGUGCGCGGGCACGCCGCGGGAGCGCGCAGAGCUCAUCAUGUCCUCCAGGUGGAUCUCCCUGUAGUUUCUCCCCACAAUCAGACUUGAUCAAAUCAUCUUCAUCAUCAUCUUCAUCGGUUCUGCUGUGCGCGCGCCCGUGUGUUUGUGUGCGUGAUGCGCGUGCUGGUGUUCUGGUCGGCGGCGUGCGUGUUCUUCGCUGCAGUGAGGUGCGUCCCUCUGCUGGAAGAGAAGAGCGCGGACUGUUCUUCUGAUGGGGUCAGUAGUGCUGAUGGACAGACGGUGGGCUGUGAGCGACGAGAGACCGAUGAAGCUCAAGAGAGACACGAGGGUCUUCUGAGAGAACUGCAGGAGCUGGCUCAACACGAGAAAGACAGAGAGCAUGAAGACACCCGUGAAAGAGACGACUACGAGCUUAACGACACGUGGGAGGAGGAUGAGGAUGAGGAGGAUGAGGAAGACGAGGGAGCGAUGAAGGAGCAGAAUGAGCGAGACCUGGAUGAGCUUCUGCAGGAGGAGAUCCAGAAGACGGAGGUCCAGAGGAGACAAGACGAGGAGCUGGAGGAGCUGCUGAUGGAGCUGAAGAGGAAACAACAGGAGAAGAAACGCAGGAGGAACCAGGAGGAGGAGGAGGAGAAGAGGAAGAGUGAGCUGGAGCUGAUGGUGGAGAAGGAGAAGGUGGAGAAGGAGCUGAAGGAGCUGCUGGAAGAGCAGAAGAACGACACCAAGAGCUGGAACAAAGAGAAGGAGAAGGAGGAGAAACAGGAGGAGCUGCAGGAGCUGAUGAAGAAGAUGAAGGAGGAGAAGAGGGAGAUGGAGAACGCCAGCGAUGAGGCCACGAGACAGUUCGAGAGAGAGAGAGACGAGGAGGAGGACGAGGAUGAAGAUGAGGAGCUGCUGGAGAUCGAAGCUGAACUGAGGAAAGUGGCAGCACAACUACAUCAACUACGCAGGGGUUAAACACACACACACACACACACACAAUCAGAUAAAACACUCGCAAAUAAGACAUCAUUUAGUCCAUUUAUGAAGGUAUAUAUUCAUAAGCUCAUAUAGGUAGUUCAUUCAUCGUGCUUCACUUUCCUGCUGCAGAUGUGUUUAGUGCACAGUCACGCUAGCCACGCCCCCUACUCAUCACUCCCCGCCUCCUCAUUUGAAUAUUUUAGCAUACAUAUCUGUAUUGUAAUGCAAUACUUUCUUGAGUGGUACGACUAAUAUAAUGAGACACAUAUGAUGAAAUAUUAAUGUGAUUUGUGCUCUUGACUGUUACUGUAAAUCUGAAUCAUUCUGCUGUGUGUGAACAUGGCUUAAACUGUUCUGGGGUCAGAACGCCAGCCGCUGAGACUGAGUGUGUGUGUGUGUGUGUGUGAGAGGGAGUGUGUGUGUGUAUGUGUGUGUGUGUGUGUGAGUUGGACAGGAAACGCCGGCGUUCUUUCCCUGCAUGUUGCACUUUCUUGAAAGCAGCCAAUGAGAGCAGGUCUGGUCACAGACUCCGCCCACACACACAUUGUUGUCAUUGAGUUUUAAUAGAUUUGAAAGUAAAACCAGCAAUAAGAGACAGAGGAGCUGAUCAAUACACGACUGUUGACCGCAGAAUGAAUCUCAUAUUUAUUACGAAUGUAAAUGCAGAUUAGCGGAACAUAUAAUGGCGUUCCAGUCGAGAGAAUAGUUCUGUGUUUGGUUUAAUAAAGAUCUGUUGACUGAAA